AUGGACAGUGUAAAACAGUCAGCUGCUCUCUGUCUGCUCCGUCUGUAUAAGACAUCCCCAGACUUGGUGCUCAUGGGAGAAUGGACCUCUAGAGUGGUGCACCUGCUCAAUGACCAGCACAUGGUGAGUCUGGCACAUAGAAACCACAACCUCAUCAUGUUCAUACACAUAUCUGGUGAUGGUGUGGUCACUGCUGCGAUCUCCCUGAUCACCUGUCUCAGCCAGAAGAACCCUGAUGAGUUCAAGACCUGUGUGUCGAAAAAGUUGUCACGACUCAGCAGGAUUGUGUCUUCAGCCUCCACUGACCUGCAGGACUACACCUACUACUUCGUUCCUGCUCCAUGGUUGUCCUGCAAACUGCUGCGACUUCUGCAGUGCUACCCACCGCCUGAGGACGGUGCCGUGAAGGGACGGCUGGUGGAGUGUUUGGAAACUAUCCUCAACAAAGCCCAAGAGCCACCCAAAUCCAAGAAGGUUCAGCACUCCAAUGCCAAGAAUGCCAUCCUAUUUGAAGCCAUUUCUCUCAUCAUCCACUAUGACAGCGAGCCGAAUCUUCUUGUGCGGGCAUGUAACCAGCUGGGGCAGUUCUUACAGCAUAGAGAGACCAACCUGCGUUACCUGGCCCUGGAAAGCAUGUGCACCCUUGCCAGCUCCGAGUUUUCCCAUGAGGCAGUUAAAACGCACAUAGAGACGGUCAUUAAUGCUCUGAAGACUGAGAGGGAUGUCAGCGUGCGUCAGAGAGCUGCAGACCUCCUCUAUGCCAUGUGUGACCGCAGCAAUGCCAAGCAGAUUGUCGCUGAGAUGCUGAGCUACCUGGAGACAGCCGACUACUCCAUCAGAGAGGAAAUGGUACUGAAGGUGGCCAUCCUGGCAGAGAAAUAUGCAGUAGACUACUCCUGGUAUGUGGAUACCAUUCUGAACCUAAUCCGCAUUGCUGGCGAUUACGUCAGUGAGGAAGUGUGGUACCGCGUCAUCCAGAUCGUCAUCAACCGUGACGAUGUGCAGGGAUAUGCAGCCAAGACAGUCUUUGAGGCUUUGCAGGCUCCAGCUUGUCAUGAGAACAUGGUAAAGGUUGGAGGCUACAUCCUGGGAGAGUUUGGUAACCUUAUUGCUGGUGAUCCUCGUUCCAGUCCUUUGGUUCAGUUUAACUUGCUCCACUCUAAGUUUCACCUGUGUUCAGUCCCCACACGUGCCCUGCUGCUUUCUGCCUAUAUUAAGUUCAUUAAUCUGUUCCCGGAGACGAAGAGCACCAUUCAGGAAGUGCUGCGCUCCGACAGCCAGAUCAGGAACAGUGAUGUCGAGCUGCAGCAGAGAGCUGUGGAGUAUCUCAAACUGUCCUCGAUCGCCAGCACUGAUGUCCUAGCCACAGUGCUCGAGGAGAUGCCUCCAUUCCCAGAGAGAGAGUCGUCCAUCCUGGCCAAGCUGAAAAAGAAGAAGGGACCAGGAGCCGUGUCUUCUACUCCGUCCCCAUCUGCCGAUCUGCUGGGGCUCCGCGCGGGUCCCCCUGUUACUGCCGCCGCUCCCAGCGCAGGCAGCUUAUUGGUUGAUGUUUUCUCAGAGGCAGGUGUCAAUGAUGAUGGCUUCCUGAGCUGCUACAGAUCGGCAAUAAAAUCUGAAUAUCGCCAGAACCUGGGGCGGAUGUAUCUGUUCUAUGGCAAUAAGACGUCAGUGCAGUUUGUAACUUUCACGACCACAGUCACCUGUCCAGGAGAGCUACAGUCUCAUAUCCUUCACAUCAAUGCACACAUGGAACUCAUGUUCAUUCUAGCUAAACCAGUGGAGCCUCUCAUAGAAGGAGGUGCUCAGGUGCAGCAGGUCAUCAACAUUGAGUGUCUGACUGACUUCAGUGAUGCACCACUCCUCAACAUCAAAUUCAGGUAUGGCGGAGCUCUCCAGAAUCUCACCCUCAAGCUGCCUGUUACCAUAAACAAGUUCUUCCAGCCCACAGAGAUGGCAUCACACGACUUCUUUCAGCGCUGGAAACAGCUCAGCCUGCCUCAGCAGGAAGCACAGAAGAUCUUCAAGGCCAACCAUGCCAUGGACACUGAAGUGCUCAAAGCAAAGGUGGGUUUACACAACCUUAUACCAACUUUUUACCUGGGAUUGGGCAUGGGCUCUCUUGGAGAAUGUCGGAUCCGAAACCCAGAGAACUUUGUCGUGUGCCUGAGUGAUCCAAACCAAGGCCCAGCAAGUGGGUUCUCUGCUGAGACUCGAGCCCAACGCACAAGCCCUCAGGAUGUUACCGGUUUAACCGUGCGCACCAGCAGUAAGGCACUGUCUCCAAGCGUCUUUGGUGAGCUGCUGGCAGAAACAGUUCUAGAAAGUGAGCCGAUCGAGACUAGCACCAAAACUAGAAACCGCCACCCAGACCAGACCAGCGUUCCUGAGAGGGACCCAGCAAUAAAAGAAUCUACCAAAACCGCAUGUACGGAAAACUGA